AUGUUACCUUUAUAUUUGCUGACGAAUGCAAAGGGCCAAAAAAUUACUAUUGAGUUGAAAAAUGGAGAAACUAUAAAAGGUGUAUUGACCAAUGUUGAUAAUUGGAUGAAUUUGACUUUAUCUGAUGUCAUUCAAUAUGAUAGUGAUGCUCUAAAUAACGGUGCUGAGAAGCCCGAAGGUUUGAGUGUGCCAGAGAUUUAUUUAAGAGGUACUUAUAUUAAAUAUAUUAAUUUGCAAGAUGAUAUUAUUGAAAAUGUGAGACAACAGAUCAAUAGCAGUAGUAAUAAUAACAACUCUGGUAGUGGCAAUACUGGUAGUGGUGGUGGAUAUGGUGGAUCUGGCCAAGGCAAAAGACAGAAUAGAUACAAUAGUGGCAACAGUGGGAAUUAUUCUCAUAGUUAUCGUAGAGGUGGUAAUAAAAGAAAUUAUAAUCAAGGUUCAGGUAACCGUCGUUCUUAUUAUGAUAAAGUUAAUAAUAAUAAUAGUAAUAAUAAUAAUGGAAUGGGGGGUUAUGUUCAACAUCACCAAUCUGGUCCUCAACAACCACAGUUUAAUGAAAAUACUGCAUCGGUUCAAUUUUGA